CUUUCCAUAUGAUCACUCGUGUCUGUCAACCGCUCCAAACUCUAAGUUCCAACAGACUCUGCUUGGACUUUUCAGACACCAAAACUUUCCCCGGAGAAAAUGUCCACCAAUUCUGGACAUCAUUGAUGUAGAGGUGAUGGAGGGAGAAGGGGAGUUGUUGGAUUUGAGUCACCUCUCAGAGGCAGAGCAGACAUCCAUCUUGGAAGUGUUACUAAGGGACUCGAAUCUGCGUUGCCUUGAUGAGGGGCGUGUAAGGACCCUGCAGCAGAAAGAGGCGAACCCAGUGCGUCUGAGGUUGCUGUCGGGGGCGUGGUUUCAUGAGGAGAGGAGCAAGCGUUACCGAGACACAAAGGAUGGCGUUGACAUCGUACAGGCAUCCAUACGAGGCAGGAAGCCAAGAACAGAUUUGUCUGUGAGUGGGGUGUUUAAAGGGCAGACAGAAGAUGCUCCUCCCACUAACAACAACGACCCCAGCUCUCAGAUAGAGGACGACAAGAGAAGUUACAGGAGUCCACCUACAGCCAGACCCAGACCCAGACCCAGACCCAGGAGCCCAAACCCAGACCCAGACCCAGGAGCCCAGACCCAGACCCAGACCCAGGAGCCCAAACCCAGACCCAGACCCAGACCCAGGAGCCCAAACCCACAGGAUACAGACUCUGUGUCCAGUGUCGUGACAGAAGCUGAUCUGACGCUUCUAAGGCCUGGGCUCUCCAUCAGCACUCUAAGUCUACAGUCUAACUACACACUAAGUGGCAGUAUGAUGAGUCUGUUCAGUUCUGGGGAAUUUGGGGCGGUGGAGGUGAAGGGGCGUGUCCUGUUCUCAUUGGACUAUGACACUCAGAGGGAGGAGCUACAGGUCAAAGUGUGUCGUUGUGAAGGCCUGGUUGCUGCACGCAAGAACCACUCCGACCCGUACGCAAAGGCCUAUCUCCUGCCUGAUAAGUCGUCUCACAGUAAGAAGAAAACAACAGUAAAGAGAAAGACCCUCAACCCAGUCUUUGACCAGACACUAAAAUAUAAGAUCAGCGUGUCAGAGGUGCGUGGCAGGACUCUGAACCUGUCUGUGUGGCACGCUGCCUCCCUGGGUAGAAACCUGUUCCUAGGAGAGGUAGAGCUGGAGCUGGCUCACUGGGACUGGACACACACAGACCCUGACUGGUACAAACUACAGCCACGGUUGCAGUGUAGUCCAGAGUCUAUCAGUAGUCGAGGAAACAUCAUGCUCUCUAUCAAGUUCACCCCAGCAGGAUCUGAGGGUGGAGGUCUUCCUCCAUCUGGGGAGAUACACAUUUGGCUGCGGCAGGCGCAGGGUCUUCUCUCCACCAAAGGUGGCGCCAUCGACUCCUUCGUCGAGAGCUACGUGCUGCCGGACGCCGGCCGGUCGAGCGGUCAGAAGACGCGCGUGGUCAAGCGGUCAGUCAGUCCAAUCUACAACCACACCAUGGUGUACGAAGGGUUCAAACCUGCCGACCUGAGGGAGGCCUGCACAGAGCUGACUGUCUGGCACCGCGAAGGGAUAAAAACACACCUGCUGGGAGGGGUCAGACUCAGCCCUGGGACAGGUCUGAGCUACGGGGCGGCAGUGUGUUGGAUGGAUUCAACAGAGGAGGAAGUCACUAUGUGGACCUCCAUGAUCCUGAACCCUAGUCACUGGAUAGAUACUACACUACCUAUCAGAACUAACCUGGUUAACCGCCAGAAUUAACACUUGGUGUAUUCUGGGUAGUAUGCUGCUUUUGGUGUAUUCUGGGCAGUAUGCUGCUGUUGGUGUAUUCUGGGUAGUAUGCUGCUGUUGGUGUAUUCUGGGUAGUUUGUUGGUGUAUUCUGGGUAGUAGUUUGCUGUUGGUGUAUUCUGGGUAGUUUGUUGGUGUAUUCUGGGUAGUAGUUUGCUGUUGGUGUAUUCUGGGUAGUAUGCUGCUGUUGGUGUAUUCUGGGUAGUAGUUUGCUGUUAGUGUAUUCUGGGUAGUAUGCUGCUGUUGGUGUAUUCUGGGUAGUUUGUUGGUGUAUUCUGGGUAGUAGUUUGCUGUUGGUGUAUUCUGGGUAGUUUGCUGCUGUUGGUGUAUUCUGGGUAGUAGUCUGCUGUUGGUGUAUUCUGGGUUUUGUUGCCUACGGUAGAGAUUGGCUGGGUCUAGUUUUCAAAAAGUUUGUGAAGAGAAAAUGAAAUAGGUGAGUAGACCAUCUGUCGUUUUGGUUUUCAGACCCAGUUUAUUCCAGUUGAAACAAAUGUAUUUAAGUUGGGGCUGUGGUUUGGAUGAGGAUAUGGUCUGCUAUACUUCCACAAGCCUAGCUAGGGGUUUAUUAAUCCCUUAAUGACCAGUCUGUUGACUUACACAACAAUAAGGAACUAGACAGAGGAAACUGGGAAGGGUAAAUUACACAUGACUGGAUGUUAGUUAACAAAGACUCUUGAUCAGAGUGCCAUUCAUAUGUUAAAACUACUGAAUGAAAGAAUGUAUCAACUUCUCUCUCUCUGUCUCUCUGUCUCUCUGUCUCUCUGUCUCUCUGUCUCUCUGUCUCUCUGUCUCUCUGUCUCUCUCUUCCUUCCACCCUGUUCUCAAUGGGACUAAUAAGUCAUAGUCACUUUAAAGAGUAUUGUUAAUGUCUGCACUGUCUCUGUUCCAGUUACAUUAGUGUUAUUUUUCUAAGUGACUUAUAGUCAAAUAGAUUGUGGUUUCAGAGUGGGCACUAAGUGAGUGAAUUAUUAAAAGAUUGGUCAAGCCACUGCUGGAAUGGAGAGAGAAAAUAAGGGAUGGUGAGAUUGUGGGGACAGGGGGGAA